AAACAGUAUUCACUCGACUCCAGUGAGAAGUAAAGCAAAAUUGAUCCACAACCAAAGCAGCCAACAAAUGGAGAGAAACCUAUUAAUUACCCUCAUGCUGGUGGGGCUUACGCUUCAGGCAACCCAAACAUUGGCCAAGCCCAAAGGAAAGUCGAGCAAAUUGCCUGCCUUUCUCAAGGUUUGUCAUCGUGAUUCUCCGGACUUAAAUGUGUGUGCUCGUGAAUCCUUUGAAUCGCUCGAGCCGCGACUGAUGGACGGCAUACCGGAACUUUACAUACCGCCUAUGGAGCCGUUGCGUGUGCCCGAAAUCAAAAUGGACCAGGACUCCGGUGCCAUUUAUCUUCAUUCGAUGUACAAGAAUGUAAAGAUAUCGGGCAUAUCGAAGCAUACGCUAAACAAUUUGUCCAUCGAUCCAAGUCAAUUAAAGUUUACGCUGUCGUUGACCUUUCCCAAGCUAAAAUUGGAAUCGGAAUACAGCAUAAAGGGCAAAAUCAUGAUGAUGCCGAUGCUCGGCGAUGGAAACUGUCAAGUCGAACUAACGAAUAUAACAAUGGCAACGGAGCUGUUUGGCGAGGAGUAUAUGAAAAAUGGUGCCAGCUAUUUGAGGAUCAAAGACAUAAAGGUCAAGUAUGAUCUGGCGAAUGUGCACAUGCAGCUGGAUAAUCUCUUCAAUGGCGACAAGGCGCUGGGCCAGCGUAUGAAUGAUUUCCUCAAUGAGAACUGGAAAUCACUCUCCGAUGAGGUCCGUCCUUUGAUGAUCAAGGCCCUGGUGGAUAUCCUACGCGCCUCCAUCGACAAAUUGUUUGAAGCGUUCAGCUACGACGAACUGUUGCCCACAAUGAAACAGUGAGCAGUAAACACAAAGUUUAAAUAAACUAUAGAUUUAAUCGUAGGUAGGUAGUAAAAACAUUAAACUACAAGUAGCAACAAAAA